UUGGACACGAGUUGGGCGUUUUAUUCACUUUCUCUACUAUCCUCUUCCCUUCGGGAGCCCCAGGGGCUGGAGUAAGCACGCUACCACCCACUAUACCUCUCAGUGCCCGCGGCACAGGAGCCACAUUCGAUUUUGCAUCCCCCAGGGCCUGUAAACGCCGGAAAAGCUUCCGCGGGGUGCGGUCGCUGGGCCUGGUCACGUGAUCCCCACUCAGCGCCCCUGAGCGGGGGGAGCAGCGAGCAAGUGCGCAUGCGCUUCUCUUCUAGCUCUUCCCCUCCACCCCCCACCCGCCCUAUUGGCUCGGACGCAACCACUGUCAGCUCCUCCCCCUCCUCCUUCUUCAUCCUUCCUGACAUUCACUCCCUUCCCCCAGCCAAUUGGUUACGUCAGGCAGACAGGCCGAAGAACCAAUCACGACGCUGUGCUCAGAAGCCGCCACGCGGAACCGGUCGGAUCCGACUAAUAGGGGCCCUUGGAGCGGCCACGCCUCAACCUGGCAGGGGAGCUCGGGCCUAGUGGGCGGUGCUUCUCCAGUCAGCAUGUGGGCGGGGUAGGGCGGGGACCAGCAGCCGCAGAGCCGUCCUCGGCGGCGGCGACGACGACGACGUUGCUCAGUCUUGGGGUGGGCUCGGCGGUGCGGGCCGAGCUGCGCGGAGGUCUCGGCGGUCAGCGGCAGCGGCGGCAGUGGGGAGGCCGCAGCGCCAUGGGGGGGCGUUAGACAGGCUGUGGCGGGCUAGGCGAGGGGCGGCAGCGGUCAUCUGGUCCGCGGCGACCUUCGGCCGGGCCCUGGGGUGGGAAGGCCUGGGGCGGGGGUCGUCCCUGGUUGCACGGGGCCGCGGGGCGGGGCUCGCCGGCCGUCGGGGUGUAGGAGGCCUGGGCUGCUGAAAGGAGGAGGCGCCACCGGCCGCCAGGCCCUGCCGCCGGGCCGCUUGACGACGACGCUCCCGCGGGGGCCCCGCCUGAGGAGGACGCGGCGGCGGUGGCGGCGAGGCCGCGGGAGGCCGCGGAGGAUGGAGGAGCGGAAGGAGGAGGGCGAGGCCGAGAUCCAGGAGCACGGGCCCGAGCACUGGUUCUCCAAGUGGGAGCGACAGUGCUUGGCCGAGGCCGAGCAGGACGAGCAGCUGCCCCCCGAGCUGCAGGAGGAGGCGGCGGCCGCCGCGCAGCCCGAGCACAAGCAGCAGAAGCUGUGGCAUCUCUUCCAGAACUCGGCCACCGCAGUGGCCCAGCUCUACAAAGACCGAGUGUGUCAGCAGCCAGGACUUUCUCUCUGGGUCCCCUUCCAAAACGCAGCCACCGCCGUCACCAACCUCUACAAAGAAAGCGUGGAUACCCAUCAACGAAGUUUUGAUAUUGGAAUUCAGAUUGGCUAUCAGCGACGCAAUAAGGAUGUGUUGGCUUGGGUUAAAAAACGCAGAAGAACUAUUCGUCGAGAAGAUUUGAUCAGCUUCCUGUGUGGAAAAGUUCCUCCACCACGAAACUCUAGAGCUCCCCCAAGACUGACUGUAGUGUCCCCUAACCGAGCUACUUCAACGGAAACUAGCUCAUCUGUAGAGACUGAUUUGCAACCCUUCCGGGAAGCCAUAGCUCUGCAUGGUCUUAGUGGUGCAAUGGCUAGUAUAAGCGUGCGUUCGAGUACCCCAGGCUCUCCUACACAUGUAAGCAGUGGAUCGAAUGCUAGUCGAAGGAGAAAUGGACUCCAUGAUGUCGAUUUGAACACUUUCAUAUCAGAAGAAAUGGCACUCCACUUGGACAAUGGUGGAACUAGAAAGCGUACCUCAGCCCAGUGUGGCGAUGUCAUUACAGACUCACCAACCCAUAAACGCAACAGAAUGAUCUAAACUGCAAACAUUUUCACACCCACCAUGCUGCUUGAAAGCCACUUGAUCCUCAACAUAUACUAUAAUUGCAAAGGAAACAUGAGGCCAUCUUCCCUUGUUCACUGUUUAAGACAAGUGAAUUCUAUAGUGGUUGCCAUAAAAGGAAGUUCUAGGUAUUUAUAGUAGAUGCCUCUUGUAAUUAUGGCUUUCUUAAAACUAUAAUCCUAGCAGAGGACAUCAGAUAUUGUGUAGUCGUUAGCAAGAUCAUCAUAGGCAAACAUAUAUCCGUUCCAAGGCUAAAAGUGACCUUAACUGUAUUUAUUCUCAAAGGGAAAGGAAUAUCAGAUGUUUAUUUGGUUAUAGAAUGCUUUUUUUUUUUUUUUUUUUUGGGGUCCAUUUCCUGCUGUGUUGAGUAUUUUGCUUCAACAGUAUUGCCAGUUUCCUAAAAUUGUCUAAAAACAUGAUUUGGCUUCCAUUUUUGCAGCUGCACUGUACCAUGCACCUGGUUUCUAUAUAGUAACAGUGUGCAAUUCUAAUUAUUGGACUGUGCCCUGUUUUUAGUUUUCAAAGCAGUUUCUAAUUCUGGUGAUUGUGUGAUGUAAAGAGGUGCUAUGAUGGUCAUGCAAUUAAUACUAAAUAUUGAAUCAAUGCACAGAGCUUUAUUGGAUUCACUUUGUGUGUGUUAGUGCUCUAAAGUAGCAAUAUUAUUAUUAAACUGCCCCCAGAUUAACCCUGUAGGCCUAAAGUAGUCAGUUUUAAGACAAACACUACUUCCCAUGCGGGGUACUUUCCUUAUGGUAAAUGUAAACAUGUAGACUGCAUUCAAGGUGACCUAAAGUAGAGAGGUCAUGAACUUUGAGAAUGGGCUUCCUUUUUGGUUCAGUAUUAGUGAGAGGGAGAGGGAGAUGGAUGGUGGGAUAGGUUUUCUAGUCUAUCAUUUUACAUUUUUCAUGGAGUCCCUGCUUAGUGCAGUUUCCAUUGGAAUGGGUGGAAGAUGAUAAAGCUCUCUUUUAUCUACUAAUAAUGUGAUUGCAACUUAAAAUAGCAAAACCCAACUCUCCCUGUCCCUCCAAUCCCUCUCCUAAAAAGUUCAGUUUGGAAUCUCAUUCUGGAAAAGAUGGAAUCGCAUGGAGAUUCUCUAGCUGUUAGGUAGACCUAAAUAAAAGUUCUCAAUAGAUUCCUCUUUUGAGUAAAUAUAAGACCUCUUGUAGCUACAAUGUUUUAGAGCAUGUUUCAUCUUCAUUUUUAAUAUCCUGAACUGAAUGAUAGUGUUUUUUUAGAUGAAGAACUGAUGUCAGCCUGCCAGGUACUGUAAUUUAUUCUAUCAUAUUAUUAUAUUAUAUAUCAAGUAGGACAGUGAAAAAUGUUUCCUUGCAAACUUGUAGUCCAGUAUCAGUUACUUCCUAUUUUUAUCCUUAAAAGACCAUUGCAAAUCAGUGUAAGGGUUUUUCCAGUAAUUACUCACAGCACUUUGUUAAAGUUUGCAAUUUCUUCAGCCAUUUAAUAAUAUCUUUCUGUGAAGAAACUUUGCUGAGUUAACCAUAAAUAUUCAUUCAUUGACUGGGUGGGAUGUGAAUGGAAUGUUAGAAAUGUUGUGUGAAUUGAAGUUCUGUAUUCAUUAUAGAUGUAGCCCUUAUUUAAAAAAGUGAAUUCCAUACUAAAACUAGGAAUGAAAGUGAGAUAUUUCUAAAUUUUUGCAAAAGUGGAUCAUUUUUUGUUUGACUAUAAUAGCAGGAAGAAUUAUAGCAAUCUGUCCUUUUACCCGAAACAGACAAGCCUAUGUAUUAUGAAUACUUUCAAGCUUCCCUUUGGAAUAUACAAGACAUGCAUUUGGAGUUACCUUUGUUUUUCUAUCGUUGUAAAUUUAGAUUCUGGAAUUGGGGUUUGGUGGUGCAAUAUGUUGCUCACAAGUGGCCAGAACUCCUAUUCCUAAAAGGAUUUUGAGAUGGAGGAACACAUAUUUAAUUCCCCUUUAUGCCUUGGUUCUCGUUCCUCUUUCCACGUUGGAUAACAAUUUUUUUGUUGUUUUGUUUAAGUUGGUGCUCUGAAGCUUAAUCUCAGUACCCUUUACUCUGAAUUGUCAAAUUUUGAUAAAACAUGUGCCAUUUUCUUUGGUAAGAGAAGCAGGUCUUAAUGUCUGCCAGAACACAAUUUAUAUGCCUUAUUGGCUUCAUUAAACUUUUACAAAACUUUA